CUGCCCAUUUUCCCGGAAAAUAAAAAAUGAAAAUGCAAACCAAAACCCUGAUAGCUCACCCUCCUCACUCUCCCCUCCUCCAAAACCCUACUCCCAACGCUCUUUCUCAACCUUCUCUCUCCUUCACCAGUCCAUCUCUCUCAUUCCCCCCACGCUUUCACCACACACCUGCACUUCGCCUCCCUUGGCUACGCUCGUCCACGCCUAUACGGCGUCGUAAUCGGUUCUCAACCGCCUGCAAUGCCCAAACACCUGGAGUCCGCGGCUCAGACGAUGGAGGGGACGAUGAUGCUUCGGUGUCUGCGGAGGGAGUUGUGGAGGUUAAGAAAGAAGUGCUGGAGAGUCAGAAUCUGUGGAGUCGGAUGAAGGAGAUUGCAGUGUUUACAGGACCCGCCACUGGGCUUUGGCUGUGUGGCCCACUUAUGAGUCUCAUCGACACCGUCGUCAUCGGUCAGGGAAGCUCCAUUGAGCUUGCUGCCUUGGGCCCUGGAACUGUGAUGUGUGAUUAUAUGAGUUAUGUGUUCAUGUUCCUUUCAAUUGCAACUUCAAACAUGGUUGCCACUGCGCUCGCUAGGCGGGAUAAAAGUGAAGUGCAACAUCAGAUAUCUAUUUUGCUCUUUGUUGGAUUGGCCAGUGGCUUCUUAAUGCUUUUAUUUACAAGAUUCUUUGGUUCAUGGGCACUAACUGCUUUUACUGGAUCAAAGAAUGCGGAUAUUAUUCAUGCUGCAAAUACAUAUGUUCAGAUACGAGGAUUGGCGUGGCCUGCACUUCUUGUUGGUUGGGUUGCUCAGAGUGCAAGUCUUGGCAUGAAAGAUUCCUGGGGUCCUUUGAAGGCAUUGGCUGUAGCCAGUGCCGUAAAUGGAGUUGGUGAUGUACUCUUGUGCAGCUUUUUAGGCUAUGGUAUUGCUGGUGCAGCGUGGGCAACAAUGGUGUCACAGGUUGUUGCAGGAUAUAUGAUGACUGAAGCUCUCAACAAGAAAGGAUACAAUGCCUAUGCCAUCUCUGUUCCCUCGUCCAAGGAACUUCUAACAGUACUUGGACUUGCUGCUCCCGUAUUUAUUACAAUGAUGUCAAAGGUGGCUUUCUACUCUCUCCUUGUGUAUUUUGCGACAUCUAUGGGAACAAAUACCAUGGCUGCUCAUCAGGUCAUGAUUCAAACAUUCUGCAUGUGUACGGUGUGGGGUGAACCUCUCUCUCAAACUGCACAAUCGUUUAUGCCCGAGUUUAUAUAUGGAGUAAAUCGAAGUUUGGCAAAGGCUCGAAUGCUGCUCAAGUCACUUGUCAUCAUUGGAGCUAUUCUUGGUUCAGUAUUAGGGAUUGUCGGAACAUGUAUUCCUUGGUUGUUUCCCAGUAUCUUUACACCUGAUCAGAUGAUCAUUCAGGAGAUGCAUAAAGUGCUGGUACCAUAUUUUCUUGCAUUAAUUGUGACGCCCCCCACUCACAGCCUUGAGGGAACAUUGCUGGCCGGACGAGAUCUCAGAUUUAUUAGUCUGUCCAUGAGCGGAUGCUUUUCCUUAGGUGCACUGCUAUUGCUGCUUGUGAGCAGUAGAGGAGUUGGCUUAGCAGGCUGCUGGUGGGCACUGGCAGCAUUCCAGUGGAGUCGGUUUUUCCUCUCUCUACAACGGCUGAUUUCUCCCAACGGCAUACUUUAUUCUGAAGAUAUGACCCGCUUCGAAUUGGGAAAACUCAAGGCUGUUUAGUCCAGGAAUCAAAAGAACACAAGAUACUACCACGAUUAAAUUCAUGCUCACCAUUUUAAGAGUAGUCAAUUAUACCAAAAUUAGAUGCGGUAAUAUCCUAGAAGCCAAAAAUGAGUUUGGCACAAUUCUUGUAUCCAUAAACGAAACGAGCAAGGUAGUCUACUUGAAGAUCCGUAAAGCAGAUGGAAGCCAUGUUGGCUUUCUUUUCUAAUCA